CAAACCCAAACGAAGAAGAAGCAGAAAGAAGUAGAGGAGAAGACCCCCCCAGCCAGCCAGUUGACGUAUUGGAAGGGUGGGUAGCCGUGCUUACGUCACUGCUUUGCUUAAAUUGUAGGGUUCUUCUUCAUCUGUUUAUACAAAGGAGGCGUGCUUUCACAUUUCUAAUUCAUUUAUUCAUUUAUUAUUCAUUGACCCAACAAAACAAUUCUGUUUUCUCUGAAUCCCUUUAAUCUUAAAUCUUAAGAACACCCAUCACUUCUACUUCUUGUUUUGUUGGUACAACAUAUUAUAUACCAGAUGGGGAAUUGCUUAGAUUCGACUGUUAAUGUUGAUUCAGCUCAAAUCCCUUCCAGCAAUUCAGUCCCAUCUUGUUGUAGAGAAAACAAUGAUAUGAUUAUCCCAUCUCCAAGAUCAGAGAGUGAAAUCCUUUCAUCAACUCAUGCCAAGGCAUUCUCAUAUAACGAGCUCAGGAACGCCACCAGAAACUUUCGUCCUGACAGUCUUCUUGGAGAAGGUGGAUUCGGUUAUGUAUUCAAAGGUUGGAUUGAUGAACAAUUACUCACUGCUUCCAGGCCAGGUUCUGGCAUCGUUGUUGCUGUCAAGAAACUUAAACCUGAAGGCUUCCAAGGUCACAAGGAGUGGUUGACGGAAGUUAACUAUCUUGGCCAACUUCUUCAUCCCAAUCUGGUUAAGCUUAUUGGAUAUUGUUCAGAAGGUGACAAGGAUAAGCUCUUGGUUUAUGAGUUUUUGCCAAAAGGGAGCUUGGAGAAUCAUCUUUUCAGAAGAGGACCACAACCACUUUCAUGGGCCAUAAGGUUCAAAGUGGCCAUAGGAGCUGCAAGAGGCCUUUGUUUUCUACACGAUAAUGAGGAGCAAGUCAUAUAUCGUGAUUUCAAGGCUUCCAAUAUCCUACUAGAUACGGAUUUCAAUGCAAAACUGUCGGAUUUUGGGUUGGCCAAGGCAGGACCAACUGGAGAUAGGACACACGUAUCGACUAAAGUGAUGGGUACCCACGGUUAUGCAGCACCGGAAUAUGUUGCCACGGGUCGGUUGACGACAAAAAGUGAUGUGUAUAGUUUUGGAGUAGUGUUACUCGAAUUGCUAUCUGGUCGUCGAGCUGUUGACAAGUCAAGAAUGGGUGUAGAACAGAAUCUAGUGGAGUGGGCUAUUCCUUAUUUAGGGGACAAACGAAAACUAUUCAGGAUUAUGGACACAAAAUUAGAAGGACAAUAUCCUCAAAAGGGAGCUUUUAUGGCUGCUAACCUUGCUCUGCAGUGUCUAAAAUCAGAGCCUAAAGCACGCCCAAAAAUGUCACUGGUUUUAGCCACCUUAGAAGAGAUCCAGUCCUUGAAAAGCACAUCCAAAACUCGAACUGCUAAUGACUCGAAAAGUAACUUAACACCAAAAAAGCAGCAUCGCUCGCCCAUGAAUACGACACCUUCUGCUGCGUCUCCAUUACCAGCCUACCGGCAGCAGCCUCGAGUACGAUGAACAAAUCUUUUUUUUUUUGUUAGAAUUCUCUUAUAUGUUGUUGUGCCAAUUUGAGUUUUGCUGUAAACUCGUUGUCCUGUGUAUAUAUAUAUAUACAACACCUU